AUGAAGCGCGGCGCCGUUCACGGGGAUGAACGCGCCGGACCGACAGCAGCCGUCGAACUCGUGCGCUAUUUGUGCGCGAGGUAUCGGCGUGAUGGAGAGGUCACGUACUUAAUGCGGCAUCGACGCGUGCUCGUCAUGCCAUUUCCGAACGCCGUCGGGUUUGCCUGGAACUUUCGGGAAGAAGUGGGCGUCGAUGUGAAUCGCGACUUCCCCUAUCAGCGCCAAGCGGACCAGUGCUUCCAGUCUGUAGCCGCCCGAGCAAUCAGCGAGUUGUUUCGGACCCACCUGAUUCUCGGCGGCAUCACCUGGCACGGCGGCAUGCGCGCUGUCGCCUAUCCGUGGGGAUCCUAUGACCACUCUCAGCAGCUGGGACGAGAACAGUGGCAGUCGCGGCCUUCGCCGGAUGACGAAGCUUUCAAAUCGCUCGCCGGUGCGUUGCAGCGUGCAGGAGGCCGUGAUUUGGAAAAAGGCGAUUUUUACUACCCCGUCGGUUCGAUGACCGAUCUCGUCUAUCCAGUUAACGGCGGCAUGGAAGACUGGGCCUACGGCGCGUCCUUCGAGCCUUCGCCCGACCCGAUAACGGUCUGCGAGCCUGCGCCCUACGAGCUGGCUGUCGCCUCCAGUCUGUCCCCGUCCGCGCCUUCCACAGCCUCUGCUUCGCCUGCCGCCCUCGCGUCUCGGCUCCCCAUGCUGAAACAGAGUGAGGCGAGGGCGGAGGGGGACAGGUUUCGCAGCGACGAAGAGACAACGCAGAUACAAGCAGACGAUAGCGCGAACGGAGGAGACAGGCCAGGUGCAGAAGGCGGCGCUCGCCGCCUCUCAGGCCGCAGCUUUGCGCAUGCAGGCGAGAAGGGAAGCAACAGAAACCGCGGGACGACGACGAUGCCUCUGCGGGGAGAAGCCGACGACGGGGUGCCCGAGGGGAUGGCUCUCGGGGGCGAGGCAAGCGAGGAAGGAGGAGAGACAGAGUCGGCGCAGAACGGCGCAGAGGGGAAGCGCGAGGGAGAGGCAGAAAGAAAGGCGAAAAGCGGAAAAGGACGCGACGACGCAGACCCAGAAGCAAAGUGGAAAACGGCCGAUCGUGAUGGAGUUCAACUGUACGCGUAUCCACGCUCGAGAAGCGUCUACUCUGCGGCCGAUAUACGCUGCGCGCUCUUCUUGGUGGAAAUGCACGACGACAAAGGUCCCUCGCGCGUCUCGAUGGGUCCUCGACCAGUCGACCGCCCUACUUUGCUUCUUCCUGACGAGGGCGGAGAUGGAGUGCAGAAGAGCGCGGUCGCACGCGCGAGCGAAGAAAGUGACUUUCUGACCAUUCGAAAUGUUCGCAUGGCCCUUAAAUUCAUCGAAAAAGCUCAACCCGACCUUCUCUUCACUUCCACCCCUCCUCUCUACCAGCCUCCAGGCGCCGUCUCCAUCUUUGCCUUCUAUCCCGUCGGCUGCAACGUAUUAUCUCACACCGAGCUGCAGAUUCGGCGAGGACGGUGCGAGGAUCUCCUCUCUGUCUCGCACUCUUCUCGGUUGGGACCAGAGCUGCUUCCUGCGUGGCAUGCGGCGGAGGUGCUCGUGCGCGAGGUCGGGAAGGAUUUGCCAACGAGUUGCCGAGAGUUGGGCGUGUGGGAGCGGCAAGGGAGUCUUGCGGAGGAUCGCGACCGCCCGCCGGAACGCUUUGAAUGGUGGGGUGGCGGCGGGAACAAAGACAUCGCGCUGAAUCAGGGGUCCGUCGAGCAGAAAAGAAACCGUGUCGAAAUCCAGUACAAAAUCCCACCGGAAGCACUGGACGGGGACUACUGCAGCGUGGUUUUUGCGUCCUUUGACCAGGACUACGAAGCACGAUCGUCAGAGGGAAAUGCUGUUAUUGUCGGACAUAAGACCUGGCUCUUCCCUGCGGCGAUUCCGGCGCUCUUCCCCGUCGUCAGCGCCGCCGGGUAUCCCUUGAUUAUCCGCGGUGACAACGUCGAAGGUUUCGCGCGUCUCGACUUCCCUCUAGAGGCGUUUCGCCUUUCCUCGAAGACCUCGGAGGCCGCGCUGAAACGCGACACAACGUCGGACACAACCGUCCAGCUCUUUUUGAACUUUGGGGGAAACUUCAAUGAAGAGCGCUUCCGAUACGAUCCUUUCACAGGCGUGCUUCGGUAUCCGAAGGCGACGAAUCCGUCGCUAUCGAUUCGGCGCGUGGACCUCAGCGUCUCUCUUAGCCGCCCGUUCUCCAGCCUGCCGCCCGGGCGUUUCCUCUUCACGGUUUUCGAAGACGGCGAUCUGCUCCAGCAUACUGUGAAUCAGUUUCUCUUCCCCGCCUCCUCCCUCUCUUCGCUCUCUGCCUCCGUCUCUUCCUUUUCGGUUUCGUCUUCCGGUUCGCCGUGCUCUGCGAAGUCGCGAGCGACACAGGGAAACUUUUACUCGGCGAUGCUGCUGGGGGAGUUGCCGACGGGGACGAUGGGGCCGUCCGAGUUGGAGAGGCUGCAGAAGACUCGGAUGGCGAAUUUCGUGAAGCGGCAGAAGGAGCGGACGGAGAGCACGUGGGGAGGGCGUCCGCAUCUCUCUUCCACGUGGUCGAGGCAAGUGGCCGAGAAACUCAAGCAGGCGAUCGCGCCUGCAGUCGUUGACUUCUCCCUCAUCGAUGCGAAAACCUUGCGGGGCCAAGCAGACGUGCCCGUGACUGCUCUCCUCGGCCGCACCGUAGUCGUUCAGUGGAUCCCCGAGAGCUCACGUGGAAGCGACAAAAAAGAAGAGAAAGAAGGGGAGCAACGAGGGGCGCAAGAAGGGGAUGCAGCAAGAGCAGACACCGGUUUGUCCAAGAAGACGGGGACGUCUCGUGUUGCUUCUUCUGGAUAUCGGCCUUCUCAGUCGGUGAUGGCAGUCGUUGGCGCCUCCGUCCACACGCCGCCGAUCAUCCACUCGAUCCACGAGAAGCUCGCGCCACUUCCUGCGGAUCCGACGCAGCGGUCGGCGUCCUCGUCUCCGCCCUUCGUCUCUUCACUCGCCUGCUUUUUCCGCCAUGAGCCGGCGAGAGGCGAGAGAGCCGGAGCGAGUCUAGGGCGAGAGAAGCCGGAGCUGACAGGCGCAAGGCACUUGGCGGGGGGCAGGGGAAGCAGAGAGCGCGAAGAAGGUCCGGACACCGCGGGAGGCAGCGACCGGAAGGUACCAGAGCAACAGAUGGGAGAGGAGGGGGGACGGCGCGCAGAGGAGACAGCGAGUACGGAGAAGCGUGAGGCCGGAGACAUGGAAGCAGCGCCAGAGGCAAAAACGACAGUCUGGGAGGGAGAGAGAGAGCGGGACGUGGAGGCGAGUGAACGGGACGCAGCAAGGACCUUGCUCGGAAACCUGAUUGGGUACCUGCGUUUGACGUACACGGUUGAUAGCGUCGGAGAACAAAGAAAGGAAAACCUCGAGGAAGGCGGCGGUUCUGGAGCAGGCCGCGUUCGUGUCGAGGCGGAACUUUGCGAGACAUCGAUGGGUAUCCCUGCCGACGCACCACUCUACCUCAAAUUCCACGAAGACUGCUGUCCACCAUUGACGAUGUAUCCCUCCACCCGACAGAGGCUCCAGUUCGCGAGCCAAGCACAGCGAGUGCCCGAACAGAGGCAGAGUUGGUUGGGACGCUUCCUGGGUGUUCGAGCUGGAGACACGGCGAACACCAAGACGGCGAUGCCACCAGAAGACGAGACAGGAAGUUGGGAAUUGCCGGAGGGAACCGCGAACCUUCUCUCUCUGCGAAACUGCAGAUGUGGACCUGGCACAAUUGUCACCCUGGCAACAGAGGUGUUUGCGUCGUCCCUCCAUGCGUCUUCGUCGUUCUCUCCCUUUUCCUCCAACACUUUCUUCCUACCGCCCGCCGAUAUGGUGGACUCAGCGCACCGGCGCACUCUGGCGUGUGCUCUUGGUCUGGUACCACCUGUCCCCGGCCAGUCUUCCGAAGCCUCGAGGCAUGACGAGACUAGUAAUCGGCUGCCGUUCUCGGUUUCGUUGACGGGUGGAGAGCCGUCGAUAGCUGCUUCUCCAUUUAUUUCCCGCUUUAUCUGCGGCAGCUCUUCGCGUCCUAGUUGGCGCCAGUGGAGCAAGCGGCCGGAAGCGGCUGCACGGCGGUCCGCUUCUACUGAGAGCAACAAGGAAGGUCACCAGACACAAGCUGAGGAAGACGUCGCGGACUUCAUUGCAUUUUUCGAAGCCGCUGAGCAAGCAAGAGAGGACCACGACAUGCCGCCGAAGUAUCACCUGGUUAUCGCUUCCCUCAUUGCACUCAUCGGGCUCGUCUGCAUUCUUUCUCCAUGUCUUAUUUCCGUGUACGACUGUUGCCUAUCUCACCAUGGCGUAGGCGGGAUGCAACUAUCGGAGCGUCCAAGCGAGAGACGCAGUCCUUUCAAUGAGUACCCUGAGAUCCAUGCAGCUGAAGGAGAAAUCCCCGAAAUCCCCGAAGGGGAGGAGGAAAGCCCAGGCGGCUCAGCUUCUCACACCGUUGACCGCUUCGGUCGCCUUGUCGACGCCUUCGCGGAAGCUAAUAGUGAAUUGAACGGCGAUAGACAGGCGAAGAAGGAAGACGGCAAAGCGAUUGUUGCGAAAAGCAACCUUUUCUCAAGUCGCUUGAGGGGAGUGACAGACGACGAAGUUUUCAACGUUCCAUCAUCGUUAGGGCAUGCUGUGGUGUCGACAGCGCCGAGACGUCUCUCUGGCGGUACCGGGAAACGAGCAAGCUACGAGCCGUUCUUUUCCAUCGCAGGCGAGGACGACGACAGUGAGGAAGACGAGGGCGGCUUCCAACAUUGA